AUAUGUGAAAAGACAGGUUUUAAGAAGUGUAAAAAUAAAAAAAAACAUUCGUCGGGCAGCUGCACGAUAUGUACCUUCAGAAAGCCAGAAAACUCAAUUUCCCGAAAGCCUUUGAGUUUAGAGACCGGUGGGGGAAAAGCGGAAGUAGACGAAAGGUAGGAAAACAAUUUCCUUGGAAGGUUUUUUGGAGACAAAAAAACUUCAUUUCCCACCGUCCAGCAGUGGAGCAUGCGCAGUCCGUAUUUGGGGCAGCUCCCCGGAUGCGGGUCUGACUGAGAGACGGAGAGCGCGAGUCGUGAGCGAGGCGGUGAGGUGGUGAAGGUUUAUUUAAUUAUAUUCUGAUCAUAGUCUUUUGAUUUGCGAUCGGGGGGAGGAUUUGCGGAAUCUGUCGUUUUUUUCCCUCGAUCUGCCUGCUGCCAUUUUUGCACGAAGACUGAUACGAACGCCCCCCCUCCCCGCACACACAAAAAAUCAGUCCUCCAGCACACGGCACUUAAAUCAAAGCUGAGUUCAACGUAAAUUAUAGACUUACUGCCUUCGCGGCGUUCCCGGAUCGCUAGUUUCGAUUUAAGAGCAUUUCUGGGUCGAUUUUCUUAAGGCAGAAAUGGCCUGUAGUUGAAAACAGGAAAACCGUUUCACCACAGAGUGGUUUAGUCAUCCAAGCGCUCUCCAAUGCCUUCAAACUCCCAAUGUUGUCUAGAUCAGCCAGCUGAAAAGUAACAGGGGCCGCCGGGGACUGCGGAGUGUGCAUUGACGGCAGAUCGGCUGGCGGGAGUUCCUGUGCAGACCUGUGUGCAGAUACAGCAUUUCCCCCUGGGAACAGCUCAGACAGGUGCCGGAGCCGGAGUGAAUGAGGGAAGAUGCAGACCAUCAAGUGUGUGGUGGUUGGGGACGGGGCAGUGGGCAAGACCUGCCUGCUGAUCUCCUACACGACCAACGCCUUCCCUGAGGAGUACAUCCCCACCGUCUUCGACAACUACAGCGCGCAGAUGAGCGUGGACGGGCGCACCGUCAGCCUGAACCUGUGGGACACGGCGGGCCAGGAGGAGUACGACCGCCUGCGCACACUCUCCUACCCCCAGACCAACGUCUUCAUCAUCUGCUUCUCCAUCGGCAGCCCCUCCUCCCACGCCAACGUGCGCCACAAGUGGCACCCCGAGGUGUCGCACCACUGCCCCAACGUGCCCAUCCUCCUGGUGGGCACCAAGCGGGACCUGCGCGCCGACGGGGAGACGGUGAAGAAGCUGAAGGAGCAGGGCCUGGCGCCCACCACGCCCCAGCAGGGCAGCGCCCUGGCCAAGCAGGUCGGCGCCGUCAAGUACCUGGAGUGCUCGGCGCUGCAGCAGGAGGGCGUGCGCGAGGUGUUCGCGGAGGCCGUGCGCGCCGUGCUCUACCCCGUGGCCAAGAAGAACGCCAAAAAGUGCGUCCUGUUAUAGUGCCGGAGGAGGGGGCGCAGUCGGACUGAGGCUCGGGCACGCCCCCCUCCCACUCCCUCUCAUGUCCUGUCUGCAACCCCUCCCCCCACCCCCCCACUUUUUAACGAUGAUUGUGGAAUAAUUUGCAUUUCAAGGAUUUUUUUUACCACUGACGCGUGUAGGCAAGGCGCCGGGGUCAGAGCAGGGGGCUGAGCAGGCACAGGUCGCCACGCCCUCUUCCGCCUCGCAAUUUACUGCUUUUUUUUUCUCGAAAUCGAAACCCCAGAGGACGCGAGAACGAAAGAAAAGUGAAAUACCAAAAAAAAACCAGACCUCGGUGUACCCACACACACCCACUUUUUUUUUUUCCGUGAGGAGGAGGGGGGGGGGACCUCAUUUUCCUCAGUCCCGACCCCCCGUGUUAUGUCUGUACCCCAGAUCCUAGGGGCAACAGUGUCUGUGGAGCUGCCGGUGGAGAGAGCGAGGUGCUUGGAACGGGCCUGUACUGGAGCAGCACCGAACCCCCCAGCUGGUCUCGGGCCCAGCCGCAGUGCGUCAGGAGCAGCGGCUGCCCCUCGAACACAGCACCGCCACCACCGGCACUGGGGUCACGUGCCUGUCCCUUUAACUGGGUGCCUUUUUCCUCUCUCUUCAAGGACCUUUGUGCCAGUCUUUCAAGUCCCCCACUCGCGGCUGUGCGCGACGGGGGGGGUUGGGGUGGAGGGGGUAAGGUAUUACAGUGUUAGGUUUGACUGAAACGGGGGGGGCAGUCUGGAGGUCUUCCCUGCAGCCCAGCACAGAUCCCCCUCCGAUCGGGGCGGAAUAGGAGCUGUUGUCGGCCCCCUACUAUCCAUCUGUCCCCGCUUAAAGAGCAAGUCUUCUAAAUCGGUUUCCCACUAGUUUUAGGGAUUUUUGAUCACGAAUCCCACUGGGGUACACCACCUCAGGCAAAGGAACCACCUGUUUUCUCUGAUGCACGUUGCAGCCGACGUGACUUCAGAAUAGCGACUUACGAAGGUGUGGAACCGGACAGUGUUUCUUCAGUGCUGAAACAGAGCGUACCAAAUCUGUUGUUUUUUUUUCCCAGUUCCAGUUAACAUUCCCCUGUUUUCCCAUCUGCGAACCCCCAGUUUUUGACAUGCAGCCCAGCGCGCUGAUGCCUGCCGUGUUAAAUCAGACUGGCAGACAGAGGGGGCUGAGUUUAAUCUGGUCUUGGGCUGCGAUGUGCAAACACAACAAUUGAAAUCAUGUAUUAUGCUUUAUUUUUAGGAAUGUGCUUGUUUUAUUAUCAGUUCCAAAUGAAUUUCACCUUUCUGGAAACAGUUUUUUAUAUGCAGUUUUUUUUUUUUAGCCAAAUGACUGUUUUAUGUCGAAGAAUCAAUGUGCGUCUGAAGCUCAGGGUUUGGACUGGCUGGGUGAGACUGUGAUGAGAGAUGGACUGACGGGUCUGUCACCUGGGGACACUGUGGGCUUCUCUCUCUGACGAGUGUGUGUGUGUGUGAAGUCUGGCCAUCUGCUCCGGCCUUUGAUCGCCCCAGUCCUACAUGCUUAACCAGAACCUCUUAAAUCAGGGAUGAGCAGGUCCAGUACAUUAGGGAGAGAUUUGUGUAAAAUCUGCAGAACCUUUGAAGGUACACCCUAGUUAGCAAAUUGCUAAUAAAGCCUUAAAAGCAGACUUCUGAUUCAAAUAAUUUGGCCUGGCGGGGGGGAUGAAAUGGAACAGCACUGGAGUUUUGAGCUCUGGGGUUUGUCAGCUCUGCUUUGGAAUUAUCAGUGUUAGCCUCGUCCUGCUAGGCAGCUGAUCAGUUUGGCUGAGAAACAGAAGUUCACAGUGAGUAAACACUGGGUUGGUGCUGGGGCCUUGGAGGAGAGGAUCUGGGAAGUCUCUUGACGUUUAAACCCUGCUCAGGGUGUCGAGAGAGGGACCGUGACAGUGGUCUAGGUUUUUGCUGACAUUCAUGUAUUCGAAACACUCAAUUGCGAUUGACAUGUAAAAGCAGAUACAUAGGUGUCUGGAGUAUUUAAUAGGCAGGCCAGGAACAACGCCUGUGCUCAUGUAUAUGUCAUACAGAUGUCUGUGGCUUUAGACUUCUAGCUGCUGGGUCUUUUGUAACCACUUGUGAAAGGUUAUAGCACGGUCAUUCAGUGUCCAGCUUCAGUCUGAUCUGGACACUGACCACUUCCCUGGCGGUGUCUCCUCCUCAUUUCAAUUCACAGAGUGUCUGACCAGGCUGCGAUGUUUGCUCUCUGCUCUGCCUGCUGUUCUCCUAAUCCUCCCUCUGAAUGGGAUUACAGAUGGACAGGAGAGGCAACGUUUGACCAAACUGUCCUGGAGGACGAAAGUGCACUUAUUUUGCCUAUUGCUUGUGAUCUGCAUUUUCAAAAGGUUCCAAGUGCCUUUUUGCUCUGUAGCCUUAAUUGUACAGUGUUUGUAUAGUGUUUGUGAUGAUGUGCAGGGGAGCUCUUUCUCUUUGUUUCAGAUGUGCAGGUAGAGGUGUGGGGGCAGGUAGCUCAAGGUUUUUAUAAUCUCCCCUUUGGCUCAUUGGGAGCUCCAGAUGGAGGCCCCAGGAGCAAAGCUGCACAGAUCUGAAAGACUGUGCGGAUUCUAAAAGAUAGCACGGCCAGGCCUCCCGUAGUCCGCCCCACGCCUAGGGGAGUUUGUGAUCACCAGGCAGGAACUCCGCCUGUGCCUCCUCUUCACCUUUACCCCCAGCAGCACGACUGGCGUGAUCGCGCGGAGGUUUCACUUUCAGUGCCCCCGCAGCGGCCUCAGUGUCAGCGCCCCCGUUAGAGUGCGUUCAUCCGCCGAUACGAUUCUCAGCGUUGGCUUACCAGCAGUGUUUACUCUGCAGCUGGUAAUGCAGCUGCCUUUGCCCUAUCUCCGCACUCCCCUCCCCGUGCCUGUGUGGAAGGGUGGAGUCGUGCCCUGCCCUGUCCUGUCAUGUCAAGACAUGACGCGCACUGCAGUGCGACCGAACCCUACAGCCGGACUGCUUUCCUGCUGCAUGGGCACCAGAAGAAACCAGGAUCACGGCAGGCAGCAGGGAACAGAAAGCCUUUUAAGUUUCGGGUUUCUAUGCUGCAAAUACAAGUGGGGUUCCUGAGCUGUUCUCUGGAGAAAACGGUGCCGUGGAAGAUCGUGAUCCGGGCAGGCAGGGAAUCGAAUGAGCCGCUGAGGGUGUUAAUUUCGCACUUUAGUCUAAGAGCUGUGGGCAGGCUUAAUUGCAUGUUUGCUUGUGUUUUUGGGGGGCGUGCACAGGCCUGUGUCCCAGUCUGGGCUCUGACUGCGGGUGCCCUGCUUCAUCGGGACCGCACAUCGGAGCUUAGAGAGAGAAUGCAGCUCUUGAGGUUGUAGACUUCCCAAACUGUGCUCCUCUCGGAUGGUCUGCAGCUGCCCCCACUAGUGCCUGCGCAGAAGAAGAUGUCAAGAGGUGCUUUUCCGACUGUUAAACCUGGCCCGAGUCUUCUUUUCCUGUGGCUUCGUUUCGGCGUCAAAUAUUUGCCGGGUUCAAACCUUGCAGCUUGCAGCUGGGGUGGCGUUCUGAGUGGAUUGAACCGUUUGCACGCGCGGGUUGGCGUGGGAAGCUCUGUUCCGGUUGCAGCUGAGCUGAUAAGGACCCAGCCGCUCACCCGGUCUCUUGGGGGUGAACGACAGACGGCAGAGUAACCCCUGUAGUCUGGGUGGGGUACGCCGUCUUGUGCAAGGGCUCGGGACUGCGGGAGGGCAGGUGUCGCUGCAGACUCGACUGCGCGAUCCUUGUCAGGGUCAGGUACUCCAGGGUUUUAGUUUACAAAACGCAUCAGGGAAUGACGAAGACUAUAAUAUCAAAUUGGUGCUUAGGAGUUUAAGAUCCUGGAUAAAAUGAAGCUCUCCCCACGGGGUUGUUUGUGAAGGUUGUGGUAUAGGAUUAGUUUCCGGAUCUGUCCGAAAGAGACUGACCUUCAGACAAAGAUAGCGUUGCUUCUGAAGUUCAACACAGGCUCUUGUUUUAAGCACGCAUCAAGGCCCUUCUGAUUGUAAGGUCAGACAGUCAAGACUUUCUCAGGAUUAAAUCGGCGAGAAAUCAUGGGAGCUCACUGUGAUACCUGCUUGCAGUGAGAAGUUGGCCAGCAUGUGCUGAGCCAAUGUAAGAGUCAAAGAUUAUCCAUGGAGCGGUCUAGCAGGGUUUACUGCUCCUCUUGUUUGAGAAUGAUCAUAUUUCCAUGCGAGGAUCGAGUUUCUGAUGGAUGAACAGAUCAGGGCUGAAGAGGAGGUGCUACAGAAACACUGUUAAUACUCGGCUGGCAACGUGACAGAACCCUCCUUUCAGCUAUUGUGCUAGUACCAAAUUCUGUUGUCACAGCUAUUCUUUGGAGUUUUUGAAUAGGUAGACUCUUUUAUGAGUGGCACAGGACUGUUUUUUUUUUUUUAUUUACCCUCAGUCCCCAGUUAAUCCUAAUGCAUACCUACCCAUUUGGCAAUUACCGAGUUUGGAGUCUCUUGCGAAUGUAGGUCUUGGCUCAUCACAUUGACUCCUGUACUCACACAGGAAGAAUGAGGAAGUGAAGACGGGUUCCUUUAAUCCAUCCGCCCAUCGCGCUCUUCUGCCUUUAUUUUGGCUUUCUUAUUCAUGCAUGUUGGCAUCGGUAGAGAAAUCUGCGAUUUGCAUUUUGCAGGGAACAAAUCCACAGGGCCCUAUUCUUCCUCCCUCUCCUGUUCCUUGGCGUGUUCCUGGAUAUUAGUGCUUUCGGUUGCUUGUCUUUCCACAACCUGAGUUCUUCAGACGGAUCUGCUGUUUCUGGCCUGUUUGUGUGGUGCUGAGCCCAGACACAGCUCACAGAUGCACCAGGCUUCACAAGGGUGCAGUACUCCUGGUCUUGUUCCACAGAGCCCUGGUUACGUAGCUACCUUGUGCCACCAUCAGGACUUGUUAGCUUGCCCAUCAAGGAUCACUUGGGUAUAUGCUUUUGUUGGAGCCUGACGGAGAGCAGGAGACUUCUCCGUUUUUAAGGCAAGCCGUCUGGCCCUUGGUACUCUGUAGUCGUCAUUCCCUUAGAAAUGUGAUCAAUGACUUUUGCACGUCUGAGCAUUAAAAUCGUCCCAUGUCAAGUCCGAACAGCUGAUUCACUUACCGAAUGUAAAAAACUGUUGGCUCUGCAUAGUCUGGUCAGAUACUAGUCCUCCCCUGGCUUGUGUUGACUUUUCUCCCAGCAGGUUUUUCAUUUCGGUGUCUGUGGUUUCUGUAGGGGGAAAAUGUUCGUGCCCUUGUCUCAUUCUCAUCCCAGUAUCGUUAAUCUGGAAGAAGCACUGUAUCGAGCCGUACCAUAUAUUAUAAUAGUCUAUGGCUUUUGUUUCACUUCAUUUGAGUUUCUGUUGCCGCAAUCACUAUGCGGGCAGAUGUGGCCUACAGGAUGUCCUGUGGUCAGUUUGGCUGCAAUAGCACCACUCUCAAAUGUGCUCUUUUCAUGCACACUGCUUAGACCAUUGUUUUUUUUUUUCUUCCGUUUACCGUUUGAGGUAGUAAAUCGAUUGGCAAUUUUUCCGAUCCAUUAUCACACCAACUCGAUCCCAGUCGGAGUUUCAACCAGGAAAGGGCACGAAGGAUAUACCGCGUGUCCUGCAGUGUUAGGCUGGUCAUUUAAUUGUCAAAGAGAAAGUGGGGUGUAAAUGUAAAUUAAUCUGCACAGUUCGGCCCCGCCCCCUUCCCCUGCGAUUUUAUUUUGCAAGAGAGUGAUCUAGCUGGACGAUGCCCAAGAAGAUGCUGAAUCCAGAGUAAAUCCUGCACAGAGUAUCCCCCGUGUGGCGGAGCAGAAACGAGAUCUGAAACUGUUGCAGCAGGUACAGGACUCCUGGAGUUCUUCUCUGACGCGUUAGAAAUUCUGCAGAGACCCGUCUAUCGCUGAUGUCACUGCAAACAGAGGGUAUCCAGGAAAUGGUAGGGCUUCUUUAGAAGGUGUGAGAGCAGACUCAUCGCCACCUCCCCCAGGCAGAACUGAAGCCAUUGUGUGCUGCUGAGAUUGGGCAAGGGCCUGACCUGUGUUCAGGGAUCCGAGUAGUUCUAUAGCCUCUCAAAGGAACCUGUGGUAGUGAUGGGAGGGGCCAGUCUCCACUCCUGUCUUAAAUGUCGGGAGGGGGAUUGGAGGAAUGAGAGAGUCUUCUCUUGGCGAACGAGGAAAGGAAGGUACUUCAGGCUGCAUCGGUGCAUUUUCAUCAGAUGACAUAUCUCUUUUUCCAAUGCUGAGUAUGCCAGAGUAUGUCUGUGUUGAGUCUGAAUGAAUGAGUGAAAGACAGUUUGUCAUUUUCUCUCUCUUUUUUUUUUUAACUGACAUAACUGUAGAAAUGCUGUCAAAAUGAUGGAUGACUGAGUGUCCCACAGCAAGUGCCUCAGAUCAUUCCUCUGCGGUGUGUGGUACUAAAUUUAUACACUGGGAACUUGAUUUGUAGAAUUUUUUUAACAAUGUAUUUGUAUAAAAAGAACUAACAGGUAAAUCGAUUUUAAAUUAUGCUAAAUAAAAUUGUAAAGCUGCAAAAGA